AUGGAGGCCGUUAAGAGACAGAGACGAGCUAACAGAAUGUCCUUCACGAAGGUGCAUAAUGCUUUCGCAGCAACAAUGCAAGAAGACACGUCUACACGAGAAGAAAAGAUCGUUGCGUUCCAACUUUUGGAAGCCAAGAUGACGGAGCUGAACGAGGCGCACGUGGCGUUUAAUAACGCACUGUUUCAGUCCGACCUUGACGACGAGGCCAUUGCAAAAGAGUUGGAAACGGAUGAUGUGUACAAAACAAACUUUUUGAAGGCCAAAUUAAAUAUGGCCGAUCUUCUGGGCACAUCAGAGCCUCAUCAUAGGGUCCCCGCCGGGGCUGAGAAAAAAAUAAUGAAACUCCCGAGGAUAGAACUGCCCAAAUUCAACGGCAGUGUAAAGGAAUGGCUCCCUUUUUGGAGCCAAUUCAAGAAAAUCCACGACGACCAGACGAUUGGUAGAGGGGAUAAGUUCCAAUACUUGCUACAGGCCAUAGUUGCGGGGUCCAGAGCCAGCGAACUGCUGCUGGGGCAUGUGUUGCAAAAUGCUGUGAAAGGGAACAAAAGGCCAUCGCUCGCGAGCCUCUAUGAUAAGUUAGAAUCCUAUAUUCGCGCGCUUGAGACACUAGGGGUCGCGACGGACAAAUGUGCCGCGAUGCUGUACCCGUUGGUAGAGUCAUCUCUUCCGGAAGAGGUGUUACGGGCAUGGCAGCGCAACGGACAGCGAGAAGCGGCGAACGCGAACGAGGAAGGAGAGACAAAGGAUCGGUUGACGAGAAUGCUGACUUUCCUGCAGUGCGAAGUGGAGAACGAAGAACGUAUAGACAUGGCUCUACAGAGCUUCCAAAUCUCCACGGAAGGAGAAGGAUGCAGGAGACCGGAGAACAAGCCGGAGUCGACCAAGGAGCCCUGCUGA